ACCAGCUACUUGCAAGGGAGAAGGAAAAGGCCAGUAAGGCCUGGGCCAGGAGAGUCCCGACAGGAGUGUCAGGUUUCAAUCUCAGCACCAGCCACUCAGAGCAGGGCACGAUGUUGGGGGCCCGCCUCAGGCUCUGGGUCUGUGCCUUGUGCAGUGUCUGCAGCGUGAGCGUCCUCAGAGCCUACCCCAAUGCCUCCCCACUGCUCGGCUCCAGCUGGGGUGGCCUGAUCCACCUGUACACAGCCACAGCCAGGAACAGCUACCACCUGCAGAUCCACAAGAAUGGCCAUGUGGAUGGCGCACCCCAUCAGACCAUCUACAGUGCCCUGAUGAUCAGAUCAGAGGAUGCUGGCUUUGUGGUGAUUACAGGUGUGAUGAGCAGAAGAUACCUCUGCAUGGAUUUCAGAGGCAACAUUUUUGGAUCACACUAUUUCAACCCGGAGAACUGCAGGUUCCAACACCAGACGCUGGAAAACGGGUACGACGUCUACUACUCUCCUCAGUAUCACUUCCUGGUCAGUCUGGGCCGGGCGAAGAGAGCCUUCCUGCCAAGCAUGAACCCACCCCCGUACUCCCAGUUCCUGUCCCGGAGGAACGAGAUCCCCCUAAUUCACUUCAACACCCCCAUACCACGGCGGCACACCCGGAGCGCCGAGGACGACUCGGAGCGGGACCCCCUGAACGUGCUGAAGCCCCGGGCCCGGAUGACCCCGGCCCCGGCCUCCUGUUCACAGGAGCUCCCGAGCGCCGAGGACAACAGCCCGAUGGCCAGUGACCCAUUAGGGGUGGUCAGGGGCGGUCGAGUGAACACGCACGCUGGGGGAACGGGCCCGGAAGGCUGCCGCCCCUUCCCCAAGUUCAUCUAGGGUCGCUGGAAGGGCACCCUCUUUAACCCAUCCCUCAGCAAACGCAGCUCUUCCCAAGGACCAGGUCCCUUGACGUUCCGAGGAUG